UAAAGGUUUUGAAUACUGGUUUAAAUAGUUUAUUACUUUGGGAAAAACGUUUUUAAAUGACUCAAUUCUGCAUAAAGCUUGUCAUUAACAAGAAAGCACAUAAAAAGACAAAGAGUUGUUCUUGACUGUUCCUUCAAUGUUCAAUCAAUAUGGAAACAAACGUGGACAGUAACAUUUUGAUUUUAUUAUUGUCAUUUGUAUUUCAUAAUACUUAUGCGGGUAAAAUAUCUGAAGGUAGUGCAGCCAUCCAUCACAAUUGUUCAGAAAACGAAGUGUUUGUUAAAUGUAAGUCUUGUGAGGUGUCUUGUGACGGUCUGAAGGUCUGUGAGGAGACCUGCCGCAGUGGAUGUGUCUGCAAACUCUUUAGGGACGGACACGGGAAGUGUGUUGAUUAUGAAAAAUGUCCGCCUCUUACAAUAUACAACAACGUGAAUCCCAACUCGGGCAUGUUCUCGAGCGUGUCCCCGUUUUCUCACUCGUCUAUCGAGGACUGCGCUCCUGACGAGGUGUUCUCGUCGUGCGGCUGGUGUGAGCCGUCCUGUGUCGAGCCCUCACCGAGCUGCCCUUCGGCCUGCACGAGAGGCUGUCUCUGCCGCCCACCGCUGCUAAGACACCACAGUGGACAUUGUGUCAAGAAGGAGGACUGUGUUCCACGCAAAUGUUCACAACCAAACGAGGAGUUCGUGUGCAGGCACGGGUGUGAGGGUCGCUGUGUGACUUUUCCGUGUGAGAGACAGAGCAGGUGUCGUCUGGGAUGUCACUGUAGACGAGGGAUGUUGAGGGACAGCAGAGGACAAUGUGUCGACCCUGAACAAUGUGAUCAUGAAUGAUUUCAUUUUAUAAUAAAAUAUUCAAUUAC